AUGGCCAGUCGGGCCAUAGGCGAGUUGGUGCGCAAGCUGGGAGAGCGAGUGCUACCCUCCGUGGUGCCCAUCCUCUCUGCUGGUCUCAAGGACCCCAACCCCGCCACCAGACAGAGACAGGUGGGUAGGUGGGUGCGCGUGUUGCCUUCUUUGUUGAAUCUGUGCUGCCCUCAGUUGUGCCCUUCCCUCUCUGCUGGCCUCAAGGACCCCAACCCCGCCACCAGACAGAUGUCUGAUCCGUCCAUGUCAUCGCAUCAUCUAUCCAUUUCAUCGCCUCCAUCCAUAUCCUCACACCAAUCCAUGCCAUCAAAAUCCUUUGCUGUCUCGCCAUCCUGGCAGGGUGUGUGCUGCGGGCUGGGCGAGGUGAUGAAUGCAGCAGGGCGGCAGAACCUCACAUCCCACCUGGACGAUCUUAUCGGCACCAUCCGCACCGCGCUCUGCGACGAGGAUGCUGAGGUGCGGGAGGCAGCAGCACAGGCCUUCAGCACACUCUACAAGAGUGCGGGCAUGCAAGCCAUUGAUGAGAGCGUGCCCACCCUGCUGCACUCUUUGAAUCCCACCAAUAAGUUUUACCUUCCCCUCCCCUCUCCCCCCAUUUCCAUCAGAAGUGCGGGCAUGCAAGCCAUUGAUGAGAUCGUGCCCGCCCUGCUGCACUCUCUGGAGCUCACUAGUAAGCUGACCAAUAAGCUCCCUCCGUUUUUCCCUCUUUCCCCCACCCCAGAUGCGGGCAUGCAAGCCAUCGAUGAGAUCGUGCCGGCCCUGCUGCACUCCAUAAAGUUGACUAAGAAGUCCAACUUCCCCCUCUCUCCCCCCCUUCUCCCCUCUCGUUCCCCUCAACCACAACACCCUCCUACCAGAAGUGCAGGCAUGCAAGCCAUUGAUGAGAUCGUGCCCGCCCUGCUGCACUCGCUGGAGGAUCCCCGCACGUCUGCCACGGCGCUCGAUGGGCUCAAACAGAUCCUCAGUGUGCGCACCACUGUCGUUCUACCCCACAUCCUGCCCAAGCUCGUCAAACCGCCUCUCACGUACGUAAACUGGCCUGAGGUGAAAACCCACUGCCCUCCAUGUAUGUACACUCUCCCCUUCUCGUCUUCUCCCCUUCUACGAUUGGCCUGUCCACUGCCAAAGGAGUUCAAGGCACAUGCGCUGGGUGCGCUGGCAGAGGUGGCAGGGGCUUUAAGGUCUACAACCUCUCCCACCUUCCCUUCUCGCUCACAUACUCUCUUCCCUCCCCCACAGGGAGUUCAAGGCACAUGCACUGGGGAGUUCAAGGCACAUGCGCUGGGUGCGCUGGCAGAGGUGGCAGGGGCGGGCAUGUGUGUGCAUCUGGCAACCGUGCUGCCUCCGCUGCUCAACGAGAUGGGGCAGAUGGAGGAGUCCCCCCUGCGCUCCAUGGCGAUGGCAUCAGCAGAGGCGGUGGUGAAAGGGGUGGACGAGGAGGGGCUGGACUCUCUUAUUGGCGAGCUCACGCACGCUCUCUCUGAUAACUCGGCUGUCAUGAGGCGCGGAGCAGCGAAGCUUCUAGGAACGUUCUGCAAGAUCACGCGAGUGGAUCUGGAGGAGGAGCUGCCGUCGCUGAUGACCAUCCUGAUCGUCAUGCUGGCCGAUCCUGAUGAAGCCUGUGUGAAGGUUGCAUGGGAAGCUCUUGGCAGUGUCACGAGCACCAUCCCCAAGGAGUCCCUCCCAGUGCACCUCAAAGUGGUUCGAGACGCCGUUGCCACAGCACGAGACAGGGAGAGGAGGAAGAGGAAGGUGGGUUCCCUUCCCGCCCUUGCAUACGGCCUUCCCAUGCUUGUCGCUGAUUUCUGCCUGCCCAAGGGCUUGCAACCGGUGCUUCAGAUAUACCUGCAGGCGCUCAUGCUGGGGUCAGCGGAGAUGCGAGAGGCGGCAGCAGACGGGCUGGCGGAAUUGAUUGAUGUUGCCAGUGAGGCGGCUCUGCGGCCGUUUGUGGUGCCAAUUACUGGGUCAGGUCAAGGCGUUCAUUGCCCCCAAGCUCUUACAUGCCCUCUCAGGCCCUCCCUCUCUCCCAUCUCUCCCCCUGCUGCCCUCUCCACCUAUCCUCCCUCUCUCAGCCCCCUCAUCCGCAUAGUGGGCGAUCGCUUCCCCUGGCAGGUCAAGGCCGCCAUUCUCUCUACUCUCGCCAUCCUCAUCUCCAAGGGGGGCAUUGCACUCAAGCCCUUCCUGCCUUCUAAUCCCUUCUUCCUAUCCCCCUCCUCCUGCCUGCUUGGUUCCACCCCCCUCCUCCCAGCCCCCUCAUCCGCAUACCCCCUCAUCCGCAUAGUGGGGGAUCGCUUCCCCUGGCAGGUCAAGGCCGCCAUUCUCUCCACGCUAGCCAUCCUCAUCACCAAGGGCGGCAUCGCCCUCAAGCCCUUCCUUCCUUCCUUCUAA